UCAUGUGACGUGAUACCCUGGCAACUAUUCACGUUGUAGCUGACGCCAUUUAACAUGGAUAAAUUUAUUAUUUGAUUACUAACACGUGAAACAAAAAAUAAUGAAUGAACACGAGGAACUUAUUGUUUGUGUGCCCGGUCAAAGAUUAUGCGUAGCUGAUAAAAGUAAUGUAGCUGGACCUGGAACAUACGAACAGCAAGGUUACAUCUACUCCAAGCUCGCUGGUGUCGUAAAAUUGGUGACGGAUGAUAAAACUCGUACUAUCGAGGUACAUGGUAUAACAGAGCAAAGUAUCGUUCCAGCACCAGGAGACAUUGUGACUGCCAUGGUCACUGUAGUUAAUCAAAGAUUUUGCAAAUGCAGUAUUAAAUGCGUAGGUGACAUAGUACUGACAAGACCUUACAGAGGGAUAUUAAGGAAAGAAGAUGUUCGAACUAUUGACAAAGACAAGAUAGAGAUGUACAAGUGCUAUCGACCUGGAGACAUCAUUCUUGCGAGAGUUUUACCAAUGACAGAAGUACAUACUUAUCAAUUGAGUACCGCAGAAAAUGAAUUAGGAGUAGUUAUAGCUCAUAGCGAUGAAGGUGUAGCCAUGGUGCCGAUCAGUUGGACACAAAUGCAAUGCCCGAAAUCAUUGUCCAAAGAAUUCCGCAAAGUUGCUAAAGUUGUGCCAGAACACAUUGUAGCGGAACACAGCGAGCAACUAAUGAAUGAAUAAGAACACAAUAGUAACACUUCAAAUUGCAAAUUAUUUUUGUAUUUUCUAUUAUUAUAUAGUCUGCGUGUAAAAAGCUUAUAUAAGUGAAUGCAAUCAUUUGAAAAUAAUAAAUUAUUAAUUAUUUGGAGCAACAAAAA